AAGGUUGGGCUCAAAGUCAGCGUUAGCCCAAUCUUAGCUUCGUCACUUUAUAUAUAUCGGUUUACAGUUUUGGAAGAUUCGUGGCACAAUGCGAGCUGAUCUUGAUGAGAAUGAAGGGAAGAAGAUUGGUGGUGGUAGCGGGAAGACUGAAAAGCCUUUGGAAGCUCCCAAUUGUGGCAUUGCUACACAAGCUGUCUACACCGGGGUUAUCAGCAGCUUUCUCUAUGGCUACCAUCUUUGCAAUCUGAAUUCAUGCAUGGACUUUAUUGCCCUGCACUUUGAAUGGUGCAAGAGCACCGUCAGGGCAGAUUGCUUGGCUAGUGCCAUCGAUGGAGGUCUCAUCAAUGCAAUUCUUUACUUGGGAGCUGCAGCAGGAGCACUGCUUGUGGGACGGCCCUUCAUGGUCAAUUCUGGUGCACGGAUACAACUUCUUAUUUCUGAUGUGUUCUUUGUGGCCGGGGGCCUCUUCGGUGGUUUGGCUAUUGGCAUCAAGGGCUUGCUACUCUCGCGCCUUUUCUCGGGCAUAGGUUUGGGCAUCUCAGCAAUUUCAGCACCUGUCUACAUUGCAGAGGUGUCACCUCCGGAAUGCAGAGGAUGGCAUUCAGCCAAGCAUGGAUUGUACAUUGCGACGGGUCUUUUGGCGGCAGAGCUCGUUGGCCUGCCGCAGGAUCCGCCAGACAUGGGCCUCACAAUGCGAAAUGACUGGUGGUGGCGAGCCAUACUGGGUUUGCCAUGCCUUCUAGCAGGCUUUCAAUUCUUCGUCUUCAAGUACGACCUCCCAGUUGACUCUGUGACCUUUUUGGUCCGACAGGGAAGGAUGGAUGAAGCCAGGACAAUGCUGUACAAAACCUAUGGCCGUCCUCCUCCAGACCUGGAGACUGGUCUCGGAGACAGCAAUGCGGCUAAACUGGAGCUGAAGUUGAAGGAUUUGGCAGUCGUUGCAGCAGAAGCUGGGGCAACGCGACCCAUCACGAUCAUUCAGGCAUUGCAGGAUCCGUUUCUUCGAUGCUCCGUCGUAGUCGGCUUCUUCCUGGCAUCUUACCAGCAGCUCACGGGUAUCAAUGCGCUGAUGGCAUACUCAAAUACUCUUUUUGCGCAAGCCGGUAUUCCUGCAAACAGCCUCACUCUGGCAUCAGUUUUGAUGUGUGUGGCCAAUGUUUUGGUAUCCGUAUUGAGCACAAAGUUGGUAGAUAGCCUGGGAAGACGGACGCUGCUGCUUUGGGGAAGCGCCACGCAAACACUUGCAAUGGCUUCAAUGGUUUACGUGGUGCACAUGCUGCCAGCAGAAUCUCAGGGUCUCAUGGCCUUCCUGUUCUUUAGUCUUUUUGUGGUUUCCUGGAACUAUGGCCUUGGUGCGAUAACCUGGCUCUGGCUUUCGGAAAUCUAUCCCAUGGAGAUUCGAGGACAGGCACUGUCGGCCUGCGGGGUAAUCAAAUGGAUCAGUUGCUUCUUCAUAGUGCUCAUCGCCCGAUUCCUGAACUUACAUUUGUCUUGUGUUCUCUUUGGUGCUGUCAGCGGCAUCGGUUUGGUGGGCAUGUGGCUGUGGGUUUUGGAGACAAAAGGAUGUGAUAUUGAAGAUAGCCCAAUGACGCCGCGAUCAGAACGAUCUACUUCGAUAUUAUUGGGCCCAGGCAGCAAUCAUGCAAGCCCCAACAGCAACAAGCACCUCAGAAUGAUGAUGAGUGACGAGCCACCUCAGCAGGGACCUCUCUACGCUCGCGUCGACUGAUGCGUGAAUGUCAUUGCCAUUUCUCCGCAGGGUAUCGCUUUAAAGAUGUCUGACCGCCCAAUAGACUUCAACAAACCCAAUAACAAACACCCUUCCAUUUAUCGCCCAAACAUAAGCUUUCAAUAUUGGCGGGUUUCACUCAGAAAUAUGUUCUCAAAAUGUUGAGAAAAA